ACACAGGUCAGCAUGGCCAGAGCAGGAGGGGCUCCCUUGAGACACCAGUUAUUCUGGAUUUGCUGACCUUAUGGGGCAUGCUGCUCUUGGCCUGGCUGACCUGUGCAGGUCUGUCCCCUCCAGUGUCCACCAAGGCAGGUCCCUGAUCUAUUUUGCUGCUACCCUGAGCACAAGAGGUACCCGCUGUGUUGGAUGGGGAGGAAGUGGUCUCCCCAGGGCUGUUUAUAGAAGUGACGGUGUCGGCUGCGCUCUGCUGAUGGUGCUUUCUGUGUCACUUUACCAAAACAGAAGUGGAAACUGAGCUGCUUUUGUGGAGGCAGGGUCUGUGCUGGGGCAGGGUGAGAGACACGUGGUGUAAGGAGCAGGGAGCUGCACCCACAGGUCCCUGAGCAGUGACGAGUUGGCAGUACUUGUGUUUGGCAGCACUGACCCACAAAAAGAAGUCUGGCCCCAGCAGCUUUUGCAGCAACCCCAGAGAGGAUUGAUGUGUUUGAGAGCCCCAGUGAGGCAGAAAAUCCCACCUGAAUUUAGGGGCUGAAGUUCAGGAAGGGUGUGGGCAUCUGCAGGUGGGAACUGGUAUGUGAGUGUGUGUUCAGGCCUGAGGAGCACAGCCUGGUGCAAGACUUCUCUUUGAUAGUGCUUUAUACCAUUAACGGAGUAAUGCUGGUAAGGCAAAUGUUUUGCUUGCUGUUGGUAGCCAAGCUGCUGUUCCUGGCCUUUCUCCCAUGGAAAGCAGUCUUCCUCUGUCUUGUAUUUCUCACCUCUGGAUUGCUUCCCUUCUGCCUGACUAAUGCUGACCUACCCAAGGCCCGUCAUAGCUUCCCCUGCUGAACUGUCACUCUUCUCACCCUACUCCAUUCUCAGUGCUAACUGCAUAUUUUCUAGGCUGUCUGGUGCCAGCUGACACUGCUGGGAUUGCUCAGGUAAGGCAGGCAGGUCGUCUCCAGCGGGACCUGCAGCUCUGGCCAUGGGGUAUCUCUCAGUGAUGUCCCCUCAGGUCCAUCCCACUCCAGUUUCCCAGCUUGUUCUGGGCUGCUGGGCAGCGCAGCUCCCCCCUGCUCGGGUGCUGGGUAGCCGCUGAGCUUGGCGUGCCCCUGGCCCUCGCUGUGGGGGGUGGAAGGGGCAGGAUGUUCAGUGAAGUCUCUUGCAGGAUGUGCAGGAUUGGCGCUGCAGCCACGCGCCCUUCAGCAGGAAGCGCAGCCUGCGGGGCCGGCAGGUGCUGGGCAGGAUGUGACCCUUCCGCUUCCCUUGCAGGUGAUGUUCUCCUUCGAAGCUGGCAGGCGCUGUGACUCCGGCCCAGGGAACUUCACCUUUGAGACCAAGCAGGGCAACGAGAUCUUCCACCUGGUGGAAGCCUCCAUCCAGGAGCAGAAGGCGCAGGUGGAGGAGAACCGGCAAAGCUGCGAUUCACUGGAGUCAGACAGUCCCAGCGUGGUGCUGAUCCGCCAGGCGCUGGCCGACAGCCUGACUCUAGAGCUGCCAGCGGAGGGCGGCGACGCCCCAGGCCCCAAAGCGGCGCUGGCGCCCCGGCCCAGUGCAGCAGCGGAGGAGAGGGACUCCACGUCUUCGCUGAAGAGCCGGAGCCUGCCGGAGCUCCCCGUGCCGCAGGCCAAGGCUGCGGUCCUGAGCACGCCGCCGCGCUCCCCACUGCCCAAGGUGCCGCACGCCGUGCUGCCGGCCGAGGACCCGAGCAGCGUGUACUCGGAGCCGCUGGACUCGGUCAAGGGCUUCCGGCCCUGGCUGGACCCGCUGUACUCGGAGCCCGUGGACACCAAGGCCGCCAGCGGGGCCAAGGCGCCCGGCAGGGCUGCGGACGAGACGAAGCUCCGGCUGCCGGCGCUGCUGUACGCGGGCACGCACGACCAGGUCUGGGCCGAGGGAUGCAGCCAGGCCCCCGCAGUGCCCAGCCGGCUGGAGCACAUCUAUGAUGAGCCCGAGGGCCGUGCUCCCCGCUCACUGCCCCCCCCGACCUGCAUCUACGACGAAGCGCGGCCCACGGGCGAGGCCUGGCGCACCCAGGGCCACGAUGGCAGGAGCGGCUACGAGUACCCCUACAACCCCAGCACUGACGACUACUCAGUACCUGCCUUCCAGGCCAAGGCCAAGGGCCCCAAGCCGGUGCCAGCUCCUAAGCCCCAGGCAGCCUUGAUCCCCAAAGGUGCUGAGAGGGGCGGGGACCCCAGCAAGCGGCGGGGGAAUGCAGCUCCCGAGAAGGUCAAACCCAGCCUCAACAGCAGCAGCAACAACAACAACAUGGAGGUGCUGUACAGCCGGGUGCUGAAGCCCCCGCACGCGCAGAAGGAGGAGCAGUCUGUGGAUGAGUGCAGCUUGUCACCUGUCUACGAGGACUUAGGGGAGAUAUAACGUGCUGCUGCUCUGUACCUGCCCGGAGGGCCCGACCCGUUGGUGAGCAGUGCCAGCUGCUGUCCCCGGCAGGCCCUGGGGGUGACCUGGGGCUGAGGACUGGUCUGGCUCAGGCAGAGCCCCUCUCGCUUCCCAGCGCUAAGGAGCUCCGUUUCCUCAGAGCCCUUUCCGCGGCUCUCACUGCCAUGGCGGUGCAGGUGCCAGCGAGCUUCUCCAGGCUGGAGCUGGCUCGUGUCACCCUGAGCCUGCUGCUCCAGCUCCCUGUGACCAGGCCACGGG